AUGAGCCUACUUCAACCAAUACCACCAAUACCUCAAAGCACUUUGAUCGCUCAAAAACGGGUUAAACCUAUCGAAACUUGUGAUAACUGUAAAGAGCGUAAAGUAAAGUGUGACAAAGAACGACCAGUAUGUGGUACUUGCAAAAAAACUAAACGGGAUUGCACAUAUGAUUAUUCGGCAUCCUCCAAACGGGGGCGGCCUAAGAAUGACUAUGAACUACUCCAAGAACAAAUAGAAGACAUUCAGACUUCAACAUUUCAACAACUCGAUCAAAUGGAGUCUAUGUUGGAACUAGCGGUUAUGUCAGGUGUGCCACAAGGCAAUACUCCCGAUACGAUGACAAACGGGAACAAUGAAUGGCGAGGAUUAUAUCCCAACUUUACAAGCGAAUCAACUCCAUUACCCAGUCUAAAUUUAAAUCUGUCUGAAGAAACGCUGUACCUUUCCACCCAGAUCGCUCCCAGUUUGCCCAGACAACCGCAUCAGGAGGACAACACAGCUGUUGGCUCAGAUUUAUUCAUCGGACAUCCAUUUGCAAUGCUCGAGAAUGACGCAUUAGAUCAACUCACUGAUAAAAUGGAAAGCUUAAAUAUCUUUGAAUCAAACCAAUAUGUUGGAGAGGGAUCCCUGCUUUUAUUGAGUGACGGUGGAGAUGAGCUAAUUUUACCGCGUUCCCCCGCUAACUUGUCACAAGUAGAGCGUGAUUUGAAAUGUUUACCUAACGCAGAGAUAGUGGACCUACUUAUUGACCUGUAUUAUCAGAAAAUUUAUCGCCACUAUCCUCACAUGAAGAAGUCUGUCUUGGAUUCCUUGGGUGAUCUAUCAACGCCACAACAUUUUCUUCUCCUCAAUAGCGUCAUGUUUGCUGCAUCGCCUUUUCAUCCAAGCGAAAAGCUCCAACAAAAUGGUAUAUGCUAUCACCAGCGGGGCGUUGCACUCCUUCAGCGUCAUUGUAUGACCACUCCACAUGUGUUAACUGUUAUUAGCCUUUUUAUACUUGGUUUAAAUACGCGCAAGAUGGGCUCGGCUUGGAUCUUCCUUGGCAUGGCUUCUAAAAUGGCUUUUGAAUUAGGUCUUCACCGUAAAAUCAAGAGUCCACAAAUGACACCUGAAGUCAAGGAGAUGAGAGACAUGGCAUUCUGGGGAUGCUUCGUUGCUGAGGCUUGGGUAUCUGCAUGUUACGGACGUCCCAGUGCCAUAGAUGAAGCGAUGUGCGAUGUGGAUCUUUUGCCAAUACCUCAGACUCCUGAGCCGGAUCAUGAAACUCGCCUGCACAUUGCAUGGAUUUUACAUAUUGAUUUACUAAGAAUAUUCGCUCAGGUCCGUAAAUACUUGUAUGGGAGGGCCAAAAUUGCUGGAACUAAAAGGGAGGAAAGCCAAUUUAAGUUCUUAGAUGCAGUUCUUGGAAAAUGGUCUUCCACAUUGCCGCAAUGGUUAAGAUUCGAAGAAAUGACGAAGGAUGUAAAAAACAGUUUACUUGGUUCAAUAGGAGGGGAGAUGCAUACAUUGUUCUGGACUGUGAUUAUAUUGCUACAUAGUCGUAAUCUCGCUAUGUUUACCACAAAUCCUAAUAAUCCGCUAUUGCGGAACAUGAAUGACCCAUCUAUAUUAUUGUCGCAAACAAUGUGUGUUAAUGCUGCUACUAUCCUUCUUCAUUUGCUUGAUGUUUUGAUGAACACCGUUCCUGAUUUCUACGAGCAAUCAUGUACAGCGCUGUUCUCAUUUGCGCCAGCUAUCCGUGUAUUGUCCUGGACUGCACAGAGAGGCGACGAGAAAUCAGUGCAAAUGGUAGAACGGUUGAAAGAGAUUAAGGAUCAAGUCAAAGAGAUUGCUAGAAAUUUUGCUGUACGAGCAGGUCUCGAGAGUCGAUUGGAAGGAGAAGAGAAGUUGCACAAGUUGUGGUUGGGUAAGGAAGAAGAGGCGAAGAUUGUUGAUCCAGUUCAAUACAGGAAACAGUAUUCUUAUAUUACUAAGAAAGGAAAAAACGCCGUCAGUAAUAAACAAAUAGACAGUGAACAGCCGACGUCAUAUAAUGAUAAGAACGAAUUUACCUUCACGUUCACACAUCAACCAUCAGAUGAUAUCAUCAAUUUUGUACCACAGUUGCAACAGUCACAACAGGCAUCCCAUGUCUUUACUCCCCAACAGCAAUUGCAACAGUCACAACCACCAGUGUCUUUGCAACAAGUGCCACAGCUGUCUGUAUUUACGUUGGAUUUCGGUGCAAAUAAUUUGGCAGAUAAUCAUGGUCUCACUCAGCAAUAUAAUGACAUGAAUAUAAUGCCUUCAUUUGACCCGUUCAAUGGAGGUAACUUCCAUCCUGAUGAAAGUAGUGCGCAAGCUCCGUGGCAAUGA